UGUCAAGCUUGAUGCCUCCAUGUGGGCCGCCCCUCCGCCAACAGCGACCUUAUCAAUAUCUUCCUGUAAGUAGGAGAAUUGUUGGCAGUUAUCAUUAAUUCCUUGACCCUGUCAAAGGCCCCUCCACCCAAAUUACUAUGCCGCCAAAGCGAGAACGGACGGUACCGGGUUCCUGCUGGCCAUGCAAACAGCGCCGGGUCAAAUGCGACCUGGUGCAGCCGCGAUGUCGACGGUGUACUCUAGCCGGCUCCCGGUGCUGCUAUGACAAGAUACUGGUGCGUUGGAAUGCACGUCCGACCAGGGGGGCUCCCGUCACGUACCAGUCACCCACGGUCGGCCUCUUGGGCAGUCUCCCGCCCGAUACAUCUCUCGCCAAGGGGGAUCUCCGGGCGCUGGAGUACUUCCAAGCGGCACUGUGGCCCUUGUUCACUACGGCCUCUCGACCGUGCCCGCCACCGAUCUCGCUAGCGAUGGAGUCGCAGCCGGUGCUGUUGGUGAUGUGCGAGCUGGCCGAUGCCCAUCGCGCAUUGCACGAUAAGCUAUUAAAGGACCGGUCGCCGGCGGAGGAUAAACGACUCAGCUGCCUGGCUUCCGUCCGCGAACAGUUGUUGCAGAGCGCCUCCAACACCGAGUCUCUCUCACGCCUCCUUGUCGCCGUGCUUCUCUUGUAUUUCCUAGACGGCUUCAUCGACUGCACCCGGCAGUCUGCAUCUACCACGAGCCACCAAUCAGGAGUACAGGCAAUCGUGGAACACCUGGGCGGAUUUUCCUCGCUCAUUGGCAAGGGUCAGAAGGACACCAACAUGCUAAUGUCUGAAUUUGCAUCCACGGAUUUGACUAGAUCGCUGCUAGACGACCGCGCGCCCUGCGUCCCCGCCGACAUCUGGAAUCGGAUUGAAACGGGUACCGUCUGGUGGGAGAAACAACGGUAUGGAGAGACCACCCUCGCUACCGUCUUUGAGGUUAUGUCCGAAAUGGCCUUUUACAGACACUCGGUCAAAAUGGACCGCAUGGAGCCGUCUAUGGAAAAGAUUCGGGAGUUCGAAGGCCGUCUCCAACCGACUUCGCUCAUCCUCGCUCUCGAUCACCUCCGCAUGCCUGAUCCGUACGUCGUCCCGGAGUCAGACGCCGACCAGACGAUGCAACCCAUGGCCUUCACGAGGGCUUUCCAACAUGCCGCCCUCAUCUAUCUCUACCGCGCCAUCUGCGGCUUGCCCGCGCGCCACUGUCUCGUCCAGCAGCACGUGCAGCACUGCUUGACCUGCAUCAUGGGAAUCAGCACCAGCUGCAAGGCCCACAAUUGUGUCAUAUUUCCCCUAUAUGCCAGCGGAGCCCAUGCCUUUGGCGUAGAGCAGCAAAGCUUUGUGUUGAACAAGCUGGAUACUAUCUACGGGACUCUUCGCUUCAAUUCCCUGCUUUCAAUUCGCGCCGCCCUGGAGGAUCUCUGGGCUUCACCUGCCCACGACGGUCAUUGGUCCGACAUGUUCACCAGCCUUGGUCAGGAUGUGCUUGUGCUCUGAUUG